AGCAAAGGAUUUUGAUCUAUGACUACUUCCUAAAUAAUAUUUAUUUUCCUAGAACUGAUUAUUUUUCUGCUGCUCACCUUUCAAGAUGAAGGAGGAUCAAGUCGUGCUGGAAGAACCAGGAUUCCAAGAUGAAGAGGAAUCUUUGUUUCAAGACAUUGACCUGUUACAAAAACAUGGGAUUAACGUGGCUGACAUUAAGAAACUGAAGUCCGUAGGAAUCUGUACCAUCAAAGGGAUACAGAUGACAACUAGAAGAGCACUAUGCAAUGUCAAAGGGCUCUCAGAAGCAAAAGUGGACAAAAUUAAAGAGGCGGCCAACAAACUCAUUGAGCCAGGAUUCUUGACUGCCUUUGAGUACAGUGAGAAGAGAAAGAUGGUUUUCCAUAUCACCACUGGGAGCCAGGAAUUUGAUAAGUUGCUAGGAGGUGGAAUUGAAAGCAUGGCAAUCACAGAAGCUUUUGGAGAAUUUCGUACUGGAAAAACCCAGCUCUCUCAUACCCUCUGUGUGACAGCUCAACUUCCAGGAGCAGGUGGCUAUUCAGGAGGAAAGAUUAUCUUCAUUGAUACAGAAAAUACUUUCCGUCCAGAUCGCCUUCGGGACAUUGCUGACCGCUUCAAUGUAGACCAUGACGCCGUACUGGACAACGUCCUUUAUGCCCGUGCAUAUACCAGUGAACAUCAGAUGGAGCUACUUGAUUAUGUAGCAGCAAAGUUCCAUGAAGAAGCCGGCAUCUUCAAGCUAUUGAUCAUUGAUUCAAUAAUGGCACUUUUUCGAGUGGAUUUCAGUGGUCGUGGGGAGUUGGCUGAACGGCAGCAAAAAUUGGCCCAGAUGUUGUCACGACUCCAAAAAAUCUCAGAAGAAUAUAACGUGGCUGUGUUUGUGACCAAUCAAAUGACUGCUGAUCCAGGAGCAACUAUGACUUUUCAGGCAGACCCCAAAAAACCCAUUGGGGGACACAUCCUGGCUCAUGCUUCAACAACAAGAAUAAGCUUGAGAAAAGGAAGAGGAGAACUGAGAAUUGCAAAGAUUUAUGACAGCCCUGAGAUGCCUGAAAAUGAAGCCACCUUCACAAUAACUGCUGGAGGAAUUGGGGAUGCCAAGGAGUAG